GCGGGCAGGUGGACGGACGGGCACGCGGGCACGCGGACGGGACGGACAGACAGACAGACCGACUGACCGGCAGACACACUCAAAGAUACUCGCGGGCGCUGGGCAGGCCAGCCAGGCGCUGCCUUGCCUGGUCCGCCUCUGCCAGUGGUGAUUACGGUCCUGAGCCGUCGACUCUGUCGACUCGACUGUCCGCGACCGGCAUCGACAUCAGGCAUCAGUUCGCGUGCUCGACGGCGUCGUCGACAUGUGGUGGAUCCUGCCGUACCUGGCCUGGCUGUCGCCGGUCGCCUUCCUGUACUGGUUGGUGUUCUCCGGCGACGAGCAGCGGCCCAGGCCGGCGUCGUCGCCGUACUCGCAGCCAGGAUGGUACUUCCGCGCCAAGAGGCUGUGGGCCUACCUGGCCGUGCGCAGGAUGAAGGCGGCCAGGGCGCAGCGGCUGGCCCAGGCGGCCGAGGACGCCGUGCGGCACCCCGACCAGCACGUCUUCCUGCCCACCGAGUACGAGCGCCGCCUUGAGCAGCCGCGUCUGCUGCUGGCCGAGGGCGUGGUGGACUCGCUGUGCUUCCACGGCGCCGACUUCCACUCCAACGCGCUGGUGGUGCGCAUGACCCGCAUGAGGCACUGCCUCGCUCGGGUCGCGCUGCAGCUCAAGGUGGGCGACAGCGUGUACCAGCUGCCGCAGAUGCCGGACUCCAUGGCGAGCCGCACGGGCGGCGCGUGGACGGCGGGCGGCGACUGGGGCGCGCUGCGCAUCGAGGUGGUGGAGCCCCUGAAGCGCUGGCGCGUCGCGUUCAACGGCGUGCUCAGGGAGGGCCCGCCGCGCUCGCACCGCGACUGGGACGGCAUGCCCGGCGACCAGGACUCUCUGCGCCACGUCCGCUUCAACUUCAUGUGGAACGCGUGCAGCGGCCCGUACAACUGCCGCCACGACUGGAGCGCCUCCCUGCUGGCGGACACCCUUGCCAGGGAGCCCUGGCGCAACGACCACUGGAUGGACAUCAUCAAGGGCCACGUGGGCGGCUACGACCAGUGGGGCGUGCUGCACGGCCAGGUGAAGGUGGAGGGCGGCGAGCCCCAGGAGCUGUACCUGCGCGGACUGCGGCAGCGGCGCUGGGGGCCCAACGAGGCGGGCCGCCUGCACCGCCGGCUCACCAUCAGCGGCGUGGCCAAGAACGGCACCAUGUUCAGCGUGGGCGCUGACUGCCACCCGGGACAGCUCUCGCACGCCACCUACGGCCACGUCCGCCUGCCCGAGGGCGAGCUCGUCAGCAUCGACUCGACGUCCUUGUCGCUGCCGGUGCUCGCCGAGGACAAGGACCACAUCCCCAAGCACUUCGUGCUGCUGUUCACCGCGGGCGGCGUGCGCUACUCCUCGGCAGUGUACCUGCCGCAGGAGGACGGGCUGACGGUGCUGUGCGAGCGGCCCUGGAGCUGGCUCAUGGAGCUGCAGCCGGCGCAGUGCUCGCUGCAGUGGGCGGGCCGCGGCGUGCAUCAGGGCGUCGGGCUGGUGGAGCUGUGCUACCGCUACGACGGGCCCUGCCCGCUGCCCGCCGCCGCGCCCGCGCCCCUGCUGCACCUCCGCGAGUCCAAGGUUCUCCAGGUGACCCCGGGCCCGCUCGUGCUGGGCCUGGAGGAGCGUGCGUGCAGGAGCAGCGCGCUGGUGGGCGGCAAGGGCGCGUCGCUGGCCGCGCUCACGGCGCUGCUGGCGGCCAAGAACGGCGACCAGGACGACGACGGCGCGUACGCCGUGCCGGCGGGCUUCUGCCUGACGGUCACGGCCCUGGAGCGCCAGUUCGCCGCGCACCCCGCCCUGCAGCAGGCCGUGGACCACCUGGCGGAGGCGGCCGCCGCGUCCACGGCGCCGGUGGACCUGAAGCUGGCCGCCAAGUGCGAGGCCGCCGUCAAGCUGUUCGCCGCCACGGCGGUCUGCGAGGAGGUGGCCGCCGAGGUGCGCGCCGCACUGCAGCGACUUGAGGCGGAGGCUGACGGCACCACGUCCUGGGCCGUGCGCUCCUCCGCCGUGGGUGAGGACUCCGACGAGCUGUCCGCCGCCGGCCAGAACGAGACGUUCCUCGGGUGCCGCGGCGUCGACGGCGUCCUGGACGGCGUGCGGCGCUGCUGGGCGUCGCUGUUCGCGCUGCAGUCGGUGCAGUACCGGCGGCAGUACGCGCAGCCCGUCCGCGCCCCCAUGGCCGUCGUGGUGCAGCGCAUGGUCCACGCGCACUGCGCCGGCGUGCUCUUCACGUGCGACCCCGCCAGCGGCGACCCGCGUAGGAUGCUCAUCUCCGCCAACUACGGCCUCGGCGAGAGCGUGGUGUCGGCCGCCGUGGACCCGGACGUGGUGCUGGUGAAGCGUGACGUCGCGGGCCGCAUGCACGUCGCCGAGAAGCGCAGCGGAGACAAGCAGCACCGCGUCGUCCUCGCAGAGCACGGCGGCGUGCGCGAGGAGGCGGUGGCGGACCCCUCGGCGGUGUGCCUGUCCGACGACGAGGCGCUGCUGCUGGCGCGGGCCGGCGCCAGGCUGGAGCGCGCGUUCGGCGGCGCCCGCGACGUGGAGUGGGCCUUCGCCGGCGGCCGGCUGCACCUGCUGCAGUCCAGGCCCGUCACGGCCAUCUUCAACUGGACCGAGUUCGAGCUGCUGCACGAGCUGGACGCGCCCUGCACCUCGGACGACGACGUGUUCUCGGUGGCCAACACGGGGGAGGUGUGCCCUGGGGCGAUGUCGCUGCUCGCACAGAGCACCGUGGGCCGCGCCCUGGACGUGUGCACCGGCCGCUCGGCCGCGGGCGCCAAGUGCCAGCAGUACCACUUCAGCAACUUCACGCCCCUCACCCACCACCACCUGGUGCUCAACAUCCUGUCGCUGAUGCUCCGGAACGUGUCCCGCGAGCUGAACUUGGGCAACGAGGUGGUGGACCUCACCAUCUACGGGCACAAGGCCACCACCCCCAGGAUGCACCGGGCGGCCCUGCAGCGCCACGGCAUCACCAUGACGGCCGCCAACCAGGUGAAGCUGACGGUGAACGCGGUGGUGCGGGCCUUUGGCGGCAAGCAGCACGUGCGGCGCGGGCAGGCCACGGCGGCCGCGCUGGACGUGCACCAGCAGGUCGCGGCCGAGACCACGGCGCGCGGCGUCAUGCGGCGCAUCACCGAGGCCCUGCCCAAGGUCAUCGAGGCCUUCGCCUUCCACACCUACACCUCCAGCACCAGCUCCUUCUCGCAGGUCAUCGCCGUCACGGUGCUGUCCGAGGGCGCCAAAGAGCUCAGCACGGAGCACAUCACAGACGUGGCCGCCAUGCUGUCCUGCACUGGAGGGGACGUCACGUCGGCGGGCAUCCCCACGGCCAUGGCGGCGAUCGCCGCUGAGGUCAAGAAGAGCCCCAAGUGGAAGGACUUCCCCACCGUGCCUGUGGAGGACGCGAUGGCGUGGCUGGAGAAGCACUGCCCCGCGGCGCACAAGCUGACCCUGGCCUUCCUGGAGAAGCACGGCAACCGCGUCGUACGGGAGUUCGACGUGGCGACGGUGACUUGGGACGAGGACCCGUCCCGCCUGAUGGCGGUGCUGCAGCCCUUGGUGGCCAAGGACAGCGGCGAGGCACCCAAGGCGCCGGUCGCCGCCAGCGUGGAGGACAUCAUCAAUAAGCUCAAGUCGCCCAAGCGGGGAAGCACCAGGUUCAUUUUGAAGUACCUGCUGCCCUGGUUCCAGAGCUGCGUCGUGAAUCGCGAGUUCACGAAGGAGGCCGGCAUCCGCGCCAUCCACAAGUUCCGCCUGGCCUUCCGGCGCCUCGGCCUGCUGCUGGAGAAGGAGGGCCUGCUGCCGGACAGGAGCCUGGCCAACUUCCUCACCUACUGGGAGCUGCACCGCCUCACCCACGACCAGCCAGACCCCAGCAUCGUCGACAAGGCACGGCGCCGCAAGCGCUACUGGGCCGACUGGGACGCCCUCACCUUCGACGAGGUCUUCCACGGGCCGCCGCAGCCCCAGCGGUUCGACGCCGACGCCGCGGCCGCGACGGGCAGCGUGGUGGCGCAGGGCACGCCCGUGUCGGAGAGCAGCGUGACGGCGCGCGCGUGCGUGGUGCUGUCCCUGGAGGGCCCCGAGAUCAAGGCGCUGCAGGCCGGCGACGUGCUCAUCGCGCGCAGCACCGACGUGGGCUGGAGCCCCUACUUCCCCAUGCUGGGCGGCGUGGUCACCGAGCUGGGCGGCCUCAUCUCACACGGGGCCGUGGUGGCGCGGGAGUACGGCCUGCCCUGCUUGGUCGGCGUGCAGGGAGCCACGAGAAUGUUCAAGACAGGUGACAUGGUGAGGAUCAACGGUAAAACGGGCGCGUUGUCGAAAAUUGAGUAAACUGACUGAGCUGUGAACUAAUUAAUUAAUUUUAAUAAUAUAAGUGUUAAGUUUAUUGAAAAUUUG